CAGAAGCAUAUGGAAUAAGUGAACUUGCGAAGAUAUUGCCGAAAAAGUGCUCGUGUGAAGUUCUCCGAAAUACCCUCCUCUGAUUAUUCAGUAUUAAAUACCAUGAAUUAUUUAUGGAAACUGUUUGGAACAUAUCGUGGAGUUUUGUAUGCUCACCCGGUGUACACACAAGCUGUGCAGAGCAGUAUUCUGAUGGGAUUAGGAGACAUAAUAUCUCAAGCUGCAUUUGAGGGUAGAGGGAUUAAAGAUAUUGAUAAAGGACGUGCCAUCAGGUUUGCUGGUAUUGGACUGUUUUUUACUGGUCCAGUUUUACAGUUAUGGUAUAUGAAGUUGGCAAAAUUAAAAGCAAAGUCCUUGUAUGCUGUGACUGCAAAGAAAGUAGUUGCUGAUCAACUGGUUGCAGCCCCAAUGGUCCUGUUUACUAUCAUGUCAUCUGUGUACUUGAUGGAAGGGCAUACUGUUGAACAAACAAAAGAAAAGCUAAAGAAUGAUUACUGUGAGGUACUUCUUACAAACUACAAGGUUUGGCCCUUGGUACAAUUUGUAAAUUUCUCUCUUGUUCCUGUGAACUUCCAAGUGCUUCUUGUUCAAAUAGUGGCUAUUUUCUGGAACACAUAUGUUUCAUUAAAAUCACAUAAGACUGGAGCAAACCAUGAGGAUUGUCCUCUGGCCACUGGUGGUGGCUGGGAAAAUUAUGAUGCCGCAUCUGAAAAGAGCACUGAUGAAACAAAAGAAGGCUCAGCACAAGGGUGAACAAACCUCUGACACAAAAUCUCCUGUGCUGGGCAAUUGACAGGCUCGAGACCCUGGACUUGAUGCAAAUGAAUCAUAAAGAAAAUGAGGCAUAAAGUGAGUGAGUCCAGAAGCAAAUGACCUGAGGUGAUAAAAUACUAAUAACAUCAACAUUAUUCAAUUUAUAGAAGAUUGUAAGAUAUUUAAUAUUUUUUACUGCAGUAAUUAGUCGGUAAUAUGAUAAAAUAAUCAAAAGUCUAACAGAGGUCAUUAUUACUGAUGCAUUAUUCACACUGAAUCCAAAGAUGCCAUCUAAUGCAGUCAGUCUUCUACAUAGUCAAUAAGUGAUCAUAAUGCCCAACAUGACCAUCUUCACAGGUGUCCUAGACAAUUAAAAAGGAAACCUUAAAUGACCUUUGCAUAAAUUAUUUAACUUUUGUUCACAGAUCUAUGCAUAAAAUUAAUUAAGACUUUCCUUUUAUAAUGGCCUGGACAACCUUAAAAAUGGCCAAAACAUUUUGGACAUUAUGAUCUUUUAUUGAUUGAAAGACUAGUUAUGCUAGAUAUUACAUGUGAAUUUAUUGUACUUGGUAAAAAUGACCUCUAUUAUAUCUAAGACCUGUUUGUUACCAUAAACUGAAAAUCCAUUGGCAUGUAAUAAUUUGAUUCAUGAUAUACUGUGCAGAGUGAAAGUAUGCAUGUGUUUUUUCAAAUAGAAUCUGUGAAUGUGACCAGAGAGAACAUGAGUUCACUUCAUUCGUGCAUUACCAAUACUGAUAACAUUUCAAAAUCUCAGGAAUCAUGGACAGUCUACAUGGCAUCUGCAUUAUUUUCAGCUUAUUAAACAGUAUAAUAAAGAAAGAAACAUAAUACCAAAUACUAACUUCACAAUUCAUAUUAAUGCUUCCAACAACAUGUAAUGCAGCACAUGAACAUUUACAGUACAGUCACUAUUUUAGUUGAUUUGUUGUAAGGACUAAAUUUAGUAUAAUUGAAUACAGAAUUUGGUAAAGUUCAUGUGAACUAAUUUAUGGUUCAGCUUACUGUUAGUAUGGAAAUUAUGAAAUUUAAAUACUAAAGAUAAAGCUUUAUAUGCAGGUUUAAAAAAAUUAGAAAGUGUGCUGUGGGGGUUACCUUAUUUUUGUCAUUGCUCCAUUGACAACCCACUUCUUCGGAAAAGUUUGUAAGUCCUGAAAAGGACCGUUGGUUGCUGGGAUGUUUGGCCGGUGAAGUAGCGCUACGUAUGGCAGUAGAGAGAGAUGCUGGUUGCGGUGUGCGGACUGGCCGCUUGAUCACAGUGCGGCAGAUGGUGGAGGUUGCUUGAUCGCUGUGCGGCAGCUGCUGAUGGAAGUCUGGUCGUCGAGCGCGGUCGCUGGAGUGGAGAGGCGGUAGCUACGCCAGAUGCCCAGUGAGUUGGGCAUGACCGCCAGUGAGCUGAGGCAGCCCAGUGAGUCGGGCAUGCCAGUGGAGAGGUGGGGCGGCCAUUCCUGGCACAAUGCAGAGCCGAAGACUCCGAAGACCGAGUGCUGGCGAUGAAGUGUGCUGGUUGAUGUUGCCUGAUCGAAGUCUGCUCGUUGACUGAUGGUAGACAGAUGGCUGACUGAUGCUGCCGGUUUGGAGCUGCUCCUUUUUAUACAAGCGUGAAUGAGGAGAGCAAAUUUGCUGAGCGCUGAUUGGCUAGCGCGCGUAAUGAUGUGGAUGCAGGCUAGCAGCCAGCGCUGUAUAAAUGCGAACGUUGGAGGCAAUUUGAUUGGUUAGCACGCAUGAUGGUGAAAAGUGAGUUGAAUGGUGAGCAUUGUAGAAACAGCUCGAUAUGUGGUAUGUUCCCACAGUGCAGAAUAAGUUGUUGAAACACUCCAGUAUUCUAAUUCAUAAUUGUGUCGUGCUCUGUUGUGUCAGAAUGUAAUUUUACUUUAUAGUGUGGAUAACAAUGUUGUGUCUGACAAUGUAGACAUACAUUUUAGUAGCUGAUAGAACAAAAGAAGGAAAUGCAGUCUUUGGAGUGAUGUUAUAAAAUCAAGUUUUUUUUUAUUUGUGAUGUGCAUCUGCUGUGUAGAAGCCUAUAUAUUAUUAUGCUACUUAUGUAGUACAUUCAUUUCUGAAAGAAAACAGCAUUUUCAAAACUGGAUCUUUAUCCACCCUUUGAUGAAACAUUAGGAAGGCACAUACUCGGAGCUGAUCUCAGAUCAGUUGACAACCAUGCACUUGGAUCAGGUUUUGCCAGUGGGGGAUAAUAAGAAAAGUUACAGUAUUAAUUGAAAAAUAUUCAUAUGUACCUGAAAUUAACACAUAAAGGAAGUAAAAAAAUAAAUCCAUUAAA